AACCCGGAUCCUUCCCUCAGCAGAGAAAGCCAUCCUGCGGAAAGGCGAGAGGCUCCAGGGCGGGAAAGGCGGAGACCCUGCAGAAGAAGCUCCAGGCCAAAGCGGAGAAGGACCAGCAGCUGCAGAAAGGUAACUUCUGAACAAGUUCUGCAAAGAACGCCUUGUGAGAGCUUUGCUCGAGGAGUGCUGUCAGUUCAAAGUGACUUCAAGAUACACAGCAAUGACAGCAAUAAAAAAUAAGUAGUGGAAAAUUAUAUUUCAAGAUACAUACCUGUGCAAUUAACAUGGAGCAGGCGGGAUAAGAUUGUUCUGAAAAAAGGCUUGGGAAAGCUAGCAGAAGACUACAGCAAUACAGAAACUGUGCUGUUCAGGAGUUAUAUCUGUGAAAAUCUGGCAUAAUAUUUGAAUGUAAAAAAUGGCAAGUUCCCUAUCUCCCUAUCCCAUAUCAGACACAGAAGAGAAGCUACAUCAGUGUGUGGCAUGUGGAAAACAAUUUGAAAACAAAAGUUCUCUUACUGUACAUGAACGGACCCACACAGGGGAGAAGCCACAUAAAUGCAUGGAAUGUGGAGAAAGCUUCAGUCAGAGUGGCCAUCUACGUUCCCAUCUAAGGACCCACACAGGGGAGAAGCCAUAUAAAUGUAGGGAAUGUGGAAAGAGCUUCAGUCGCAGUAACAGUCUGUAUUCCCAUGUAAGGACCCACACAGGGGAGAAGCCAUAUAAAUGCAUGGAAUGUGGAAAGAGAUUCAGUCGCAGUGACAAACUACAUUCCCAUCAAAGGACCCACACAGGAGAGAAGCCAUAUAAAUGCAUGGAAUGUGGAAAGAGCUUCAGUCGCAGUGACAAACUACAUUCCCAUGAAAGGACCCACACAGGAGAGAAGCCAUAUAAAUGCAUGGAAUGCGGAGAAAGCUUCAGUCAGAGUGGCAGUCUACAUUCCCAUCAAAGUACACACACCGGGGUGAAGCCAUAUAUAUGCAUGGAAUGUGGAGAAAGCUUCAACUGGAGUGGCAGUUUACGUUCCCAUCAAAGGAAGCACACAGGGGAGAAGCCAUAUAAAUGCAUGGAAUGUGGAGAAAGCUUCAGUUGGAGUGGCAGUCUACGUUGCCAUCAAAGGACCCACACAGGGGAGAAGCCAUAUAAAUGUAUGGAAUGUGGAAAGAGCUUCAGUCGCAGUAACAGUCUGCGUUACCAUGUAAGGACCCAUACAGGGGAGAAGCCAUAUAAAUGCAUGGAAUGUGGAAAGAGCUUCUGUCAGAGUUACAGUCUGCGCGUCCAUCAAAGGACCCACACAGGGGAGAAACCAUAUAAAUGCAUGGAAUGUGGAGGAAGCUUCAGUCACAAUGGCAGUCUACAUUCCCAUCAAAGUACACACACAAGAGAGAAGCCAUUUAACUGCAUGGAAUGUGGAGAAAGCUUCAGUCGGAUUGGCAGUUUACGUUCCCAUCAAAGGAAGCACACAGGAGAGAAGCCAUAUAAAUGCAUGGAAUGUGGAAAAUGCUUCAGUCAGAGUGGAAAUUUCCAUUCCCAUCAAAGGACUCACACAGCGGAGAAGCCAUACAAAUGCAUAGAAUGUGGAGAAAGCUUUAGUCGCAGUGGCAGUCUACGUUCCCAUCAAAGGACCCACACAGGAGAGAAGCCAUAUAAAUGCAUGGAAUGUGGAAAGAGCUUCAGGCACAGGGGGAGUCUUCAUACCCACCAAAGGACCCACAGAGGGGAGAGGCCACAUAACUGCAUGGAAUGUGGAGAAAGCUUUAGUUGCAGUGGCAGUCUAUGUUCCCAUCAAAGGACCCACACUGGGGAGAAACCAUAGAAAGGCAUACAGCAUGGAGAAAGGUUCAGUCAGAGUAACUAUCUGUAUUUCUAUCAAAGGACCCACAUAGGGGAGAAGCCAUAGAAAUGCAUGGAAUGGGCUAAGAGCUUCUAUUUGUGUGGCCUUGGUUGACGGCUACUGGGAGCCGGUGACACUCGGUGGGGUACUUUUCUCAGUAUUGCGGCAAACUUCGAAGGGGUUCACCUUACCUUCUCCACAAGGAAGUCCAUCGCAGGCUUCUACGAUGAUCUGUGAAGGUUUGCUGAAAUGAGCAGCAGCUGAAAUCUCUGGAUAAAGGGAUUCUAAACAAGAAUAGCUCUUUGUAACGGUGUUCCAUGCAGCCAUGCUGGCCACAUGACCUUUGAGUUGUCCACAGACUACGCUGGUUCUUUGGCUUAGAAAUUGAGAUGAGCACCAAAUCCCAGAGUCAGACACGAAAAACCUUUACCUUGGUAGCAGAUAACUUCAUAUCUUCAUACUCUUGUCUCAUGUCUUGGCUCUACUGUCCGUCAGUUAGAAUUUGGGGCUCCAGCCAUGUACCUGUAAGCCUUUUCUGGACUUUGUUGAAUCCUGAAUAGUUGACUCUAAAUUCUGGACUGACUUCUGGUUUCAUUUAUGAACCAGGACUUUGUAUCCCUGACUUUCUGAUUUGACGUUGGGACUCUGAAUUCGGUCUGUACCCUUGACUUCUGGAUUGUUAUUUUAGCAACUCUAUUGAAUGAACUCCUGGAAUGUGACAAUUGGAGUGUAACCUUGGCCAUUGUUUCUUCUUGCUCCUAACCUGGAUCUGCAGUGCUCGACUUGUCUGCAUUAACUGGACUCUUGGCCUUGACUUGUGUUCAUUGUUACUCCCACUGUGCUGAUGCAAUUGUAUUAUUUUAGCCGGACUGGUGCAAUGGGUUAAACCCUUGUGCCAGCUGAACUGCUGACCUGAAGGUUGGCGGUUCAGAUCCACGAGACGGAGUGAGCUCCCGUCUGUCAGCCCUAGCUUCCCAUGCAGAGACCUGAGAGAAGCCUCCCAGCAGGAUGGUAACCCAUCCGGGUGUCUUUAUAGAUGUCCACUUCCCUCACACCAGAAGCGACUUAUAGUAUGUUCUCAUUUCGCUUCUGACACAACAAACAAAAAAAUACAGACUCAAGACUUUAGUUUUCUUAUAAGCAAAUAUGGUUUUGGCAUAUCUUGUGUUCCUUAGGCUUUAUACCAGGAGAGCCCUGGAACACGAGACCUUCAUCCUUGCUUUGUGUGUACUUAUCCCUGCUUAGAGUGAACCCCCUUUCUGUACUUGAGACGGUUUAAUCCCCACCUUUGGCAAAGGGUCCAUUCGGAUACACAGCACAUCUCACAGCACUGCAGAGAAUGGAAGACAAAGAAUGGGGACAAUGGCUGAUGAAGAUCCACGUCCAUCAGUCGAGAUGGACAAUUAAAUUGAUGAAGUAUAGAACACCAUUUAAAGGAAACAGAGAUAAAAAUCCUAUAGUGAGAGAGAGGCUUGUAGACUAGUGUUUGUUGCCUGUUAGUUUUAUUCUUAUUGUGCAAGUUGUGUUUCCUUGUUCACUUUAUAUUUGUUAAGUAGUACCUUUAAAAAUGUACCAAAAUUAUAAUUUGUAUAAACAUA